CAAGCUGCUGCAAUGCCUUUAACUACUGUCACAGCUUAUGAGUCUUUGUAUGAUCGGCUGCUCCUCUCAGAAAAGGAUAAAGGGAAAACUCUGUUAAUUAUUAAUAGCGCUGGUGGUGUAGGUUCUGUGGCAUCUCAGUUAGCUAAGAACCUCGGACUGAAGGUGAUUGGGACAGCGUCCCGGACAGAGACGGAAGCUUUCAGUCUUCAACAUGGAGCGGAUAUUGUUCUAAAUCAUACUAAAGAUUUAUUGCCUCAAUUAGAAGCACAUGGAUAUAAAAAUGGAGUUGAAUAUAUAUUGGUUAAUUAUGACCCUUAUCCUUAUUGGGACACAAUAAUUUCAGCCGCUAAGGCCCAGGGCAAGAUUUGCCUCAUAGUGGACAGCAGUGGUUUGGUUGAUAUAAGACAACUUAAAGAUAAAAGUCUUACUCUUGUCUCUGAAAUGAUGGCCACCAAAAUUAAGUAUGAAACUGAGGACAAGAUUAGAUAUCAUGAAAUCUUUGAGGAUGUAACUAGAAUGUUCGAGGCUGGUAUUUUAAAAUCAACAUUGACAAAGACUAUGUCACCAAUUAAUGCUGAAAAUCUUAAGGAGGCCCAUAGGCUUUUAGAAGAGAAGAAAGUCAUUGGGAAGAUUGUCCUCAGUGGAUUUUAAACUUAUUUUAAUAUAUCUGUGUUCUUGUAAAAUAAAGUACCAAUUCAGUUGU